AUGCAACGACAGGACCAGAGCCGCUUCGACAUGUGGCAUGACUACAUGAAACUUGGCAGAGUGCUGGAGAGGCUACGGGACAGCACCCGGGAUGAUGGGGGACGCACACACACCAAGGGCCCCAAGAAGGAAGCAGCCUCCUCCUGGAGCCUUGUCCGAAACACCUCCCGGAGAGGGGAGCGUAAAGACUCCACGGAGUCCGGCUCAGUGAGCAGCCAGUCGGACACCAGCUGCAGCACCGGGACCCCCCCUGGAUGUUGCCGCUUCUGUAAGCAGAACGGAGAGUCUGUGAAGGUGUACGGGUCCCACAGGCUGAAAUCAGACGAAGGGAAAGUGAUCUGCCCCAUCCUCUGGAACUACACCUGCCCCCUCUGUGGAGCCAGUGGGGACAAGGCACACACACGCCGCUACUGUCCGCAGAGAGAGGCGGCGGGAGAAGCCGCCAGGGUGGUGCCGGGCUCCCGGUUCUAG